AUGACCUCUCCAGCGACAUCUCGAAGACGCGGCCAGCCGCGAGGCACUUCAUCGCUCCCCUCGGAGAAGAUGGACUCCAGCGCCAGCCCCCGAGGCCGGCAUGAAAAGACGUCGUGCCAGACUGCUCAUGGCCUGGCCGUAAACGGACACACGUCGCCCAACGCCGAGAAACCCAAUCAAGCCGCCGGGCGCAUUGUUGCUGGCCUCUUUUCUCAAUGGAUUGCCGUUGGCGUGAUGCUCGGCCUAAUAUUUGGCGGAUGCUGUUCCAAUGUGUAUGCUUUGGAGGCGAUCAUCAAGGUCGAACCAUCGAGCGGAACCCUCUUGACAUUCGUUCAAUUCCUCUUUGUGGCCAUUACAGGAUACUUUUCCCAGUUUGACCGAUCAAGGCCGCCUCUCUUCCUACGACAGAACAAGGUACCUCUCAGGCGAUGGGUUAUCAACAUCGUCCUGUUCUUCAGCAUCAAUGUGCUGAACAAUCACGCCUUUAGCUACGACAUCUCCGUGCCUGUUCAUAUCAUUCUACGCUCCGGAGGGAGCAUCACCACCAUGAUAGCUGGUUCCCUCUAUGGGAAAAAAUAUUCACGCAUCCAAGUUGUGGCCGUUGUUCUGCUAACUUUCGGUGUCAUUACUGCCGCCUGGUCAGAUGCCCAAUCCAAGGCAAGUCGUAGCGGAAUCAUACUGAGGCUAGAGAGCGCCCAAAGCUAA